AUGGCGUAUAAUCAUCGAAUGAGCCAACAGUUUCAUGGCACCCAGCAACAUCACAAUCGGGGUCGCAAGAAAGAAGAUGAAAAUGAUGCGUUGAUGCGCCUGCCUGAUAAGGAAAUCGCAGGUUGCAUCAACGAUAUCGGGAUUCCUUUUACAGCUGCCGACUUGAUCAAGCCGAAUCCUCAGCAGAUCCAGAUGGUGUUCGAAUGGUUCGCAGAACUUCUCAUGAAUACGACCAAGGAGACAGUAGAGCCAGCAAUGCGCGCCGCAGCAGAAGAUAUAUGCGGCGACUAUCCCGACAUUGUCCCAUUAGAGACUCGCAAUCUCAUGGGUUUCUUCAUCAGCCUACGCAGGCUGAUGAUGGAGUGUGGUGUCAAUGACUUCACUUUCACGGAUCUGACCAAGCCUACGCAUGAUCGACUGGUCAAAAUAUUCUCCUAUCUCAUCAACUUUGUCAGAUUCCGGGAGUCGCAGACCCAAGUCAUUGAUGAGCAUUUCAACAAAACAGAAAAGACAAAGGCACGCAUCGAUACACUGUUUACGGAAAAUCAAGAGAUGGAGCAACGUCUUGAAGAGAUGCGCCGGAGUUUGAAAGCCAAUGAAGCACAGGUUAAGGAAAAGGCCAGAAGAAACGACGAGCUGAAAGCGCGACUUCUGGAAUUGCGGCGAAAUCAGGAAAGGGUUGCUGAGACCCUUGAGCGGGUCAAGGCAGAUAAAGCUCGACGACAGGCACAAUUGGAAGAGAAGACAGAGAGAAGCGUACGCACCAGACAGGAAGUCGAAAAGCUCCGACCCUAUGCGAUGCAGAGUCCGGUGUCGCUACAGUCUGCCUUGACCGAGCUGUCUGAAAACCUGCUUCGAGAGAAGGCUCAAAUCGAUGCCAUGGAGAAAAGAGCAAGAGCACUGCAGACCUCUUCAGACACAUUUACCGUCGUUGGAAAUGACGUCCAGGCUUGCAUCAAGCUGCUCGAAGAUAUAUCUGUUGAACUACAAAAGGAGGAAGAGGAAGAAUCGCGAGCGUCGAGGAACAAAGAAGCUAUUUCCGAGAGGGGGAACAACGUCAGAGAAGUGGAGCAGACCGAGAAACUGCUGCAGCGGCAGCUCGCGCGGUGGAACGAAAGGAUUGAAGCCCUCCGAAAGAAUGCCCAAGAAAAGGCAGAGGUAGCUCAAGCGCGGAUGGAUGAGCUUCGCGAUGUCCAGAAGAAGCUUCGUGAAGAGCGAGCAGAGAAGCAGCGUGAUAUGGAGAGACGACGAAUUAGGAUUGAGCAGACCGAGAAAAAGAUGGCCGACCUUAAGGAAAAUAUUGAAAACGAGAUCCAAAGUGCCCAUGAGGAAUACUUGAAGCUGGAAUCGCAUAUCAAGCUGUACAUUACCGAAAUGGAGAAGUGUCUUUGA